AUCGAGGCACCCUAGGAUGUGUUUUAGCGUGUUGUCGUGACCGAUAUGAACACGUGUUGACCACUUGCAGCAGUGAUUUACAGGCAAUGAAACGUCCGGCCAAGUCAGCAAAGUCACCGGCGUCGCGGCAGGCCCAGAUGGUACCGUCAAAAUUGAGGAAACCUCCACCAAAACCACCUUCGCCUGAUCCAGAGUCGGAGGAUGACUUCGAUGAAGAGGACGAGGACUACUCGGAUGGUGACCAGGACAUUUCCCAGUUUCUGGGCGACCUUGGCGAUGACGAUAUCGAACAGGGGACAGAGCACGGGGGAGUUCAGAAACGUGCUGUCGACUCGGCGGCCAACUCGCAGGUUUCGAAGAAGCUCAAGAAGUCCGACCUGUACAAACCGCCAACUGCCGAGGAGCUCAACAACCUCAAGGAGGUCGAGACGCUGUUCCAUUCAAACCUCUUUGGCUUGCAGUUAUCAGACAUGCUGAAGGAGAUUGCCCCGAAGGAGAAGCACAAUCAUCACUUUGAUGCCUGGCUCGGCCUCUUCCGGAAGACGCUUACGACUAUUCCAUCCUGGGACAGCAUUCAAGACAAACCCGAGACCGUGCUAAAGAAAGUGCCACUGCCGCUUCCAAGUGGACUGCCACGUGACCCAAAGUGCCGCUUCCGUUUCGUGCCUCCCAAGACUGUUCAGGUGGUGGGGAGCCACGCCUUCGGCGGGGCCGUUGGUCCUGAUGCUGUCGUGGACUUAGCCUUAGAAAUGCCUCUGGAGUGCUUCGAAAAGACAGACUUCUUGAACCAGCGCUACCACGUGAAGCGGGCGCUCUACCUCGCCGUCAUAGCGUCUCGUCUUAGGAAGUCGGAACUCGUUGAAGAGAUGGCGUUCAGCACUCAUCGCGGAGAUGUUGCGGCCCCCACAUUGCUGCUGCGGCCAUCAGGCGAGGCUGGGAAGCACUUUCGGGUCCGCCUGCUGCCUUACCCAUGUGCGGAGCAGUUCAAGGAAUCUCGGUUCGUGCCAGCACGCAGCAACCUGCGGGCGUCGUGGUUCUUCAAGGACAACUCCACUGGCACGUCUGACGAGCUGCCAUCACCGCAGUACAAUGCCUCUGUGUUGGCCGACAUGCGCAUGGUGGCCAAUGCGAGAUUCCUCGCCGAGAAGUUAGCACAGGCCCCUGCCCUGGUAGACGCCACUCGCCUGCUGAAGGUGUGGCUAAGGAAACGUCAUCUUGACCAGGGUCCUGGAGCCUUCUCAGGUUUUGAGAUGACCCUGUACCUGGUUCACCUGUUGAUGAAACGCCAGCUGAGCCCGAUGAUGAGCUCGUACCAGGCUGCGCGGUUCGUCCUGCUGACCCUUUCCCGUUCAGACCUCACCACAGAGGACAUCACGCUGUGUACUGAGCCAGUCGCCAAUCAGCCCUCCCUGGAGGACUUCCGUGCGAACUAUCCCCUGGUUCUCGUCGACGCUGGUGGCUUCCUCAACGUCUGUGCAUCAGUGAGCACAGAAGCUUACCUCAGGGUCAAGCACGAAGCCCGUCUGGCAAUCACUUUCCUCGACUCGUGUUCUGCAGACAGCUUUGAAGUGCUCUUCGUGACUCCGCUGCCCUUCGAGCGCACAUUUGACUGCUUCGUGCUGCUUAAUGAGGAGGACUUGGAGUCUGCGGUUGAGGCACAGUCGCUCCGCAAGGAGCUGGCAGAUUUCAGUGGCUCCAAAUCAAGGCCAGUUGCCAAGGCUGUAUGCCAGCUUCUUCGCAGGGGCUUCGGCACCCGAGCUGACCUGGUGUCAACUCGCAUACCUACUCCGUCAGAG